AUGGCCAGCAACUCCACAAAAGAGAAUUUGAGGAGUCAGUAUAGAGUGCUUUUCUAUCUUGGCAAGGGUGCAUUUGGCACUGUGAAUUUGGCCUCUCACCUGAAAACCAAUGCCCUGGUUGCCAUAAAAUCAGUAGAGAUCACCAAGAAGAACAUCAGCCUUAUCCUGUCAGAAAGAGCAACAUGGAAGACACUGAGCCAUCCCAACAUCAUCCGCCUCUUCCAGGUCCUAAUAACAUCAACCGACGUUCACUUUGUAAUGGAGUAUGCUCCGGGAGGAAGCUUAUAUGGAUUAAUAGAGGAGAAUGGCCCGCUGCGGGAGGAAGAGGCAAAGAAAAUAUUCGGGCAGAUAGUGGCAGCCGUAAAGUACUGCCACAACCUUGGCAUUAUCCAUCGAGACAUUACACCCCAAAAUAUUCUGAGAGACGCAGAGGGCAAUGUGAAGCUGACAGACUUUGGGCUGGCCAUCAAGUGCAGACCUGGCGGCUUACUGAAACAAAAGUGUGGGACCAAGGGCUUUCAAGCCCCAGAGCUGGUACUAGAGGAGCCAUAUGAUGGCAGGAAGACAGAUGUGUGGAGCUUGGGCGUGCUAUUGUAUUUUAUUAACACCGGGUACUACCCCUUCACAGGAACCAGCAUGAAAGAGCUGGAGAAUAAGAUCACCAUGGGGACCUAUAAAAUUCCACCUAACUUCUCUGCACAACUUGAAAACCUAAUUCACCAGCUCUUCACCAUUUCCCCAGAGAUGAGGCCCUCUACGGAAGAUAUUGAGAGACACCCAUGGGUAAGGAAAUGUGACAUCAAUAUACCAACUGAUAAAUACCCAGAUUCCAACAUCAUACACAUGCUCUGUGACAUGGGGUUUAAUGCCAAUGACAUCUUGGAAUCCCUGCGUAAAAACAAGUUUGAUGAAAAGAUGGGGACAUAUUUACUUUUAAAAGAGCAGGUACGCAAAGGGAUAGAGCACACAUCAACCAUAUCAGCCAAGCCUGGGGAUCCCUGCCCUACGCCACCACCAUCACCAGCACACAUCUCUGAUUCGGGUCUUCCCCUCAAAAGAAGGGCCAGUGAACCCAUCCUUGGCCUCCUCCACAUCUGGCCCUCAGGAGGGCAGGGCCCUGUUGCUCUGACACCAUCAGGACACAAGGUGGCCAGAAGUGUCUCCAUGCCUCCCAUUGCACUACACUGUCCCACAAAGAAGAGCAGUGCUUCCACCUACGCCCUUCAUUCCAGAGCUGUGGCUGCCCCAUGUGUCUCCAGUACCACAUCAGAAGAUGAAAUAUGCCUGCCACCUGAACAAGACUUUACUGUGGAAACACCUCCCCCUCUGAAGACUGGGUGCUUCAGGAGACUAGGCAGGAGAAUCUGGCAUUGCCUAUCAAAACUUUGUUGCUUCCCCCGGGCUCCAACCACAAACACCCAGCGGCACUUGUCCUUAAAGAAAGUGGCUCCCCUGAAAGAGGGCAGAUGCAGAAACCAAUGA